CGCGCGAGCACAACGCGGACGCUCCCGCAGCCAGGUUGCACGCGCUGCAUGUUUUCGUUUGUUGUCGCGCCAAGUGGCGGAUCGAGGCUGAUCUCUCUCUGCGUGCUUUUUGCCGCGCACGUUAAGACUCAUCCGUUAUACGCCCGGAUUCAACGUACGUGAAAUACAAUUCAUGCUCGACGCACAUGUCGAAAUUCUGUGUGCAUUGUUGAUAUAGAAAAAAAAAAAAACAGUUUUUUUUUUUUUACGUAUGUAGAAACAGUCGAAUAACAACAAACUUGUUCGACCUUUGACUGUUGCGAAUCGCUGUUUUAAACGGCGCGCUGUCAGAGAUUGUGAACGCGCGCGAGAUCGCGCGACACGUCAGUCGGGGGGUACUUCUUCUGUGAGGUGGAGUGCGUUCCGAUCUCUCUCUCUCGUGCACAGACUUCCGCAACCUCGUGGGACAAUUCUUUUCGUAGCGAGUGUGAAAUUAUCUCCAGGAUUUAUCUCAGCAAACACGGAAGCCAUCGACGCGGCCGCGGUCCGUGCCGCGUGUGACAAGUGGUUGACGACGCAUGGUUAAACCACGUGGCGGCGGUGUGUGCGCCGCUGUGCAAAACCCGCCUGGAGGAACGUGAACUUUCGUUGAGACUUUCUCUCCGUUUGAACUCGGCGAGCGCGGGACAAUUUACGCGCAUAUUAACGACGUGCCGAGCGAGUGACAGCUGAUUGAUCUCGGUGUCGCGUUCUGCGAGUGAAUGCACUUUGCAGCUGCGCGACGCGAUAAGACGCGAUCUCUGACGUUUCGGUACGUUUCCUCGAUUGGGAUCCCAAGCGGUGAUCGAGUUUGUCUCGAGACUUUUCGCCGACUCUAUCAAUCUCUCGAGAGCAUCACUCGGGGGCAUGGUGCGAUUAGAUCGCCGUACAUCAUCGCCAGUGCCAAUAUAAACAUAAUCCGCACGAAAGAAGAAAGGUGGUGGGUCGGUGGUAAUCUGGUCGCAGGUCGCCGCGAGAUGCUGAGAGCCUCAGCCGCUCAGUCGUCCAGCCAAUCACGUAGGGUGCUGCGAUUCGAGCCGACGAGGGCCGUCGCGGCCUGCUAAGAUGACCGCGCGUCUACACUCGCUUAGGCACCAGGAGAAGAAAUCAGCCGGCAGCAGCAGCCACAGACAGCAUCACCAGCAUCAGCAGGCCGUGCAUCAGGGUCCGAGCCCGGCACCGAGCCCAAGUCCCAGUCUCAGCCCGAGCCCGAAACACUCGGACGGACGAAGAGCUAACAAACCACUAAUGGAAAAGCGACGGCGAGCGAGGAUCAACCAGUCUUUGGCGGCGCUGAAGGCGCUCAUCCUUGACAGCGCCCGCCUGGAGAACACCAAACACAGCAAACUCGAGAAAGCUGAUAUCUUGGAGCUUACGGUCAGGCACCUGCAGCGACAGAGAUCGCUCGCUCAGCCCGGCCUGUCCAGGUACAAAGCCGGAUACCAGGACUGCUCGAGAGAGGUAAGUCGAUAUCUUGAUGCGCCGGAUAUUAUCACGGGCAACACCACGCCAAUGGAUCCCGCGGUGAAGCAGCGGUUGCUGCGUCAUUUGGACAGCUGCGUGUCGGAGCUGGAUCUGGACUUAGGCUCGCGACCCGACAGCGGUCUGGGCAGCAGCCCGGGCAGCGUAACGGACCGCGUGGCGGGGACGACGAGUCCGGGCCCAUUAGAUCACCACGUGCCGGUCGGACCGCAUUGCAGUGCCGCGCUCACGCCGGCCGGCUUGAUCAAGUCCGAAAUCCCGGAGAUGGUAGAAGCGGCCCGACCCGACAGUAGCACCACUGCCGGCGACGAGAACAACAAUAGCAGCCGGCCAACUUCCGCCUUCAGCCAGGUGAACCCUGCGGGAUUGGAUCCGCAUCAUCCGCAUCAUCCAGCGGGUUUACCGGUCGAUCAAGCCUCUACGUCGCAGCAGAAUCCCAACAUGCUCUCGGUGGUGCAAGUGAUACCUUCUCGAUUACCGGACGGUCAGGUAGUCUUCCUGUUGCCAAGUCACUACGUGCAAUUGGCGGCGGCAGCCGCGGCAAACGGCAUCAGCAUCGGGCCCAAUCCACCCACCGCGAUAUGGGCGGCGACCAACAUGUCGUUGCUCAAGGCCACCGACAAGCUGGCGAAGCGACCGCACGAGGACAUCGGCCAAGAGUGGCAAGAUCCUACUGGCGGUCUCAAACCCAGCAAGAGCCCGAGGAUGGAGCAGCCGGAACAGCCACUCGACUUCACCACUACGUCAAAGAAGAUGAAGACCGCAAACACGAGAAACUCGACGCAUUCUGGCGCUGUUGAUCACCAUCACUUGCGGCAACAGCAGCAGACCUCGUCCCGUUUGCCAGCCGAAGUCGGUGGGCCCAUCGUCCAGGAGGACAGACCCUCUAGUCACGCGGGCAGCGAGAUUGCCGUUGGCCUGCCGUCUCCGUCGCCCGUCGGCCAGCAACCCGUCAAGGAUGAAGAGGGCAUGUGGAGACCGUGGUAAAGAGUCGUCCAUUCGCGCGAGGGUUCUUUGUCUUUGUAAAUAAAAGUAUAUCUUAUUUGACGCGCGCGAAACCGGAAAGUCGCGCCGAUACGCGGCUACGAUUGUCGUCCACUGUGAAAAAUUUCUUUAACCGAGUGAAGUUAUCUAUGUAUUUUGAUUUUGAUAUUUUUCUGGACGGAUAAUUGGAGUUCCAGAGUCACACAAAAAGUUGAAAUUAAAAGUCAAUUUUGAUGUUUUUUUUUCUAAAUAAGUGGCGCAGUUUGAGGAAAAAAGUUGUUUAUUUUUAAACAACUUUUAUCAGAUAUCCAGUGUUGCGGCACUUUUACAUUAUGAUUUUCGAAAGAAAUGCGGUCAAAACAAUUAUCGCGAGAUUUGUUUGUUUUAUAUACAAGAAGGUGGCAAUGACAAAUUUACGGUAACAUAUAAUGCUCGCUGAAACUGCGCUGAACCGGCGAAUUUUCAUAGAAAAAGGAUAUUUAUACGAACGCCGUUAAUGUAUAUUAUCGGGAGACACGCUAAUUUUCCAAGCGAGUCAGAAAAUUAUCUAUCUCGCGUAUCUGCGAAGUUUCAUCGAGAGCACACGCCAGUGAUAAUUUUGUGUCUCCGGUCGUGAUUUUCGUUCCCGGGGCGAUAAACCGAGAAAAUCGCGGUUGACUUUUUCCCGUUUGCGCAUACCGCUUUGCUCCGCGUGGAAACCAGUACACGGAAAAGGCGUAUGCACAUUCUCGCCUAAUAACGCCCGUGCGCAUGACGUCAGCGUGCUUCGCGCCGUUUCUUGCGACGACGGUGCUAAUGAAGCCUUUAAUUUGCAUCGCGCUCAAAAGUGCCGCAGCCACUAAAUUCGCUUCAGCGCCCGUUGCUAUUUUCGCGUAAACGCCGUUCGAAUAAUUUAAGCGCGUUUGUUUUGUCGCGACAGAAUUUUCGCAUCGAUAACGUCACUGUCGGCGGCGGAUAUGUCGCGCAGUGACGAGAAUAAAAUAACAAAGAAGGAAAAAAGCAUAGCCGCGGUACGCAAUGGAGAAACAUUUGGCAAAUUGGCACGAUUUAAAUUGGCUCGAUUUAAAUUUGCUUUCACGUCGGAGUGACGGAACGAACGCAAAAGAAUCGAGAACACAUAUAAGUGGCGACGCGAACGUUUCGACGAGCGAACAUUUCGCGCGAGUUCGAAUGCCAAAGUAGAGCGAGUGCGAAACAGAGAGUUGUAAAAAGAAAAAAAAAAAAAAAAAAAAA